GUGGCAAUGGUGGGCUCUCUUGGGUUAAUGAUCAUAUUGAAGCUUUUAUUAAUAUUGGUGGCCCUUUGUUGGGUGUGCCAAAAGCUUUGUCUGCAUUACUUUCAGAAUUAGGUGCUUUUGGAAUUUAUGUUCUUGAACGUUUUUUCUCUAAACGUGAACGAUCGGAACUUUUUCGCACUUGGGGUGGACUUUCCUCUAUGCUACCAAAGGGUGGUGCUGCGAUAUGGGGCAACACGACUCAUGCUCCUGACGACCGUGAGAAAGCGAUGAAUACUUUUGGUUCCUUGUUAACCUUACGUUCCUUUAUUCAUAACAAGUUAGAUAAUAAUGAUACCAAUCAAACCGCAGCUGAAAUAAUUUAUAAGCACACAAGUACUACUGGUAUAAAUUUUUUACAACAAAAUACGGACUCAUUUUAUAAUAAAAUGUUGUCCAAUAAUUAUAGUUUUGGAAUGGCUACUUCUGAAGAUGAAAUUUCCGAUGAUAUGAAGGAUCAUACUAAAUGGACAAAUCCUCUUGAGUCACGAUUACCUUACGCUCCUGAAAUGAAAAUUUAUUGCUUAUAUGGUUGGGGAAAGGAAACCGAAAGAUCAUAUUACUAUUCACAUGAUUAUACUGAUGAUUAUACUGAUUCGAAUGAGAGUUCUAGCGAAGAUACUUAUAAGUUUUUAAACAGUCUUUUCAUCGAUAGUUCAUUCAAUUCUGAUCAUGAUCCAAAUAUAAAAAGCGGUGUACAUAAUGGUGAAGGGUAA